ACGAGUUGACGUCGGAAACGAACUCUGUGCCAAACCUUUUGUUUUGCAACGCGAUCUUUGGCUGGCCCGAGGAAAGAAAAAUGAAGACUUAAGAAGCUACGGCGCACAUGGGGAACAGAGCGCUAACAACCCUGCUCGUUCGGGCCAUGGAAAUUAUAAUCAUAAAUGUCCCGAAGCGCAAGAAAUAAAAAUUAAAAAGCGUGAGAGGGAGAAAGAGAGACGAGCUCUUGCCAAAUUGCUCGACAGCUCCUCUCCCCCAUCCAGUUCUUGUGACACGCAGCGGCAAAGUAAGGCAACUGUAACGAAGACACAGCAGAGGAGGAGGAAGAGGAGGAGGUUCGCUGAGCCCUCCCUUCUCCCCGCCCGAGCAGCACCGAGCGCAGGAGGCGCCUGGCCGGAGCGCCAAGGCAGUCUCUUGCGCCCAGCCCGACGGCGGCGAUGGUGGCGACAGCGACGGCUCGCUCUUCCCGUCGCGACUAGCCGCGCAGUCGCAGGGCGGCGGAGCGGCGUCCCCCUGGCGGCGGCGGGGAAUGCGCAGGCUGUGGCGGCGGGAUGGCCUCGGCCGUGUUUGAGGGCACCUCGCUGGUGAACAUGUUCGUGCGGGGCUGCUGGGUGAACGGCAUCCGGAGGCUGAUCAUCAACCGGCGCGGGGACGAGGAGGAGUUCUUCGAGAUCCGCACCGAGUGGUCGGACCGGAACGUCCUGUACUUGCACCGCAGCUACUCGGAUCUGGGCCGCCUCUUCAAGCGCCUGCUCGACUCCUUCCCAGAGGAUCGUCCCGAGCUGUCACAGUCCCCCUUGCUGCAAGGGCUGAUCACAAUCAAAGAGUCUCAUGACAUAGAAGCCAGGCUCAACGAAGUUGAGAAGCUUCUCAAGAACAUUAUCAAUAUGCCCUGGAAAUACUCUAGAUCUGAAGUUGUCCUUACCUUCUUUGAAAGAUCUCCUCUAGAUCAGGUGUUAAAAAAUGACAACGUCCAUAAAAUUCAACCAAGCUUUCAAAGUCCCGUCAAAAUAUCAGAAAUCAUGAGAUCUAAUGGAUUUUGUUUAGCCAACACUGAAACAAUAGUUAUUGAUCAUAGUAUACCAAAUGGAAAAGAAAAACACUUGGAUGUUGAUGCAGCAGAACAUUUGUUUGAGAAUGUCAACGAGUUCACCCCAGAGCUUGAGGACAGUGACGACCCCACAGCAUACGUCACUAACCUCUCCUACUACCACCUGGUCCCAUUUGAAACGGAUAUUUUGGACUAAGGCUGCGCAAAUGGACCUUGCGGCCAGGCUCAGGCGGGUUUCUUCCCCUGUGACCUUCACCACUCCAUCGCUUUGCCCAUGUGAGUCAUGCUCGAGGCGUGUGAUGCCAGGCCAACAAGGGCUAUCUGCCAAAUAUGACUUGAAAUGGAUAGCACAGGCUUGGCUCUUUCCUGUGGCUUCUGGAGGUGCCUUGCGAGGAAGCAGCUCCCUCCUGACGGACAAAGAGACUUGCAUUUUGCCCAGAAGAAUGGGCCAAGAGUGUUGGGGGAAUCGACCUUGCUGCAGGGACAAAACACGGGUUAUGCAAAUCAUGUGGCACCAGGAAGACCCCCUGUGUUUCUCCUCUCUGAAGCAGUCCUGGUAUUUGUCACUGUCCUCACUGAAAGACCUCCUAUAUUCAGACACCAGUUUGCUUUUUUCUUCAUUCCUCAGAGCAGCAACUGAGCAGAAAUGCCAUUGUCAGCUGUUCACUGAGAGAUACCAGAGCAACUGAUGCCUUACGUCAUGUGUGCCUAACAUGAAAUAAGUACAUACAUUCAAAUGCUUUACUUAACUCAGAAGCCUGAGGUUUGAUUUAAUCCUCUAAGAGCCUGUCUUUUUCACCUGAAAUGAUAAUAGUUAAUGUAAAACCAACAGAGGGAACAAGUUACUUCCCAAGGGUUGGGAGGUGGGGGAGAUCCUCCAUAAUUUUAAAGUACUUUGACCUUCUGAAAGUUCUGCAAAAAUGCCAUCAUGAGUUUUUCCCCUUCCUGAACCAGGAAAAGUUUGCAGCUCUCAGAAUUUGUUUGCACUAGAAAAUUACACACCUUAUAACUUCCAGCUCUCUAGAAGCUGGGACAAGUGAAUUUUGCCACAAAGAGGCUACCCAAACUGUUUUUCCCCUCGUGAAUCUCUCACCUAGAACAAAGACCCAAUCCUAUACCAGUUUAGACAGAGCAAAGUGCUACAAAUCCUACUGCUCCCUGGACCUCACCCUUUGGGACACAAUUAGUGGGGACACAUGGCAGAGUUCCCCACAUCAGGAUGACACAGGUCCAUGUGUUAAGGUAGCGCCACAUAUUACAACCAGGGCAAGAAUUGUGCCCAGAGAAAGUCCUUUGCAGGGGCACCUCAAUGGCAGCUGUAACAGGUGCUUUGGUCCUAAGGUGAAUCCAAAUUGCCUUGGGGUCUGCGUGGCUGCACAGCAUCCAUGUUACUAUGGCAGUCACAGGGAAUGAGGCAAGCGCUAAAUGUGGAAUGUGGCAGAAUUUCCUCUGUGGCCCUUCCUUGUUCUUCUCCACUCAGAAAUAAGCUUCAGACAUGUGCUUGGGUACUGCAUAAAGUCUAUGCUUUAGUGUAAAGUUUGAUGCUAUAUUCUAUCACAGGAGUCCCCCACCAUGCCAUGGUACCCAGAGGGACUUCCAGCAGCGCCCACAGGGCUCUCCACUUCCUGCCUCCUUCUAAGAUUUAUUUUUAAUAUAAAAUUGGUGAAAUGGGAAGGCACCAGGCAUUUCCCUCUGUUCCUGAACCUGUCACUGACCAGGAAUAAAAGGAAAGAAUUGCUUCCUGGCCCUAUCCAAUUGUAUUUUGUCCAUAGAAACCUUUCUUUAUACCCACUCUCUCUCCCCACUCCCAGCCUCCUGGCUUUGCUACUUCUUUUCCUCCAGUCUCCUACCUUGCUAUUUCUCACACUUCCCUUCCAGGCAUUUUCCCGUUCUCUUCCUAGACUUAAGCACUGCUUUUUCUCUCCCACUCCCAUGCCCUGUAUCUUGCUGCUUCUCUUCUAGCUCCACUUUUGCUCCCUGCAUACCUCUUUAUCUUGCUGUUCCUGCCCCUCCUGGCCUCUAGCUUUCUUUCUCUCCCUUCUGCCCCUUUGCCUUACGAUAUACCUCUCACAGCCAUUUUGUGGUAAUGCCAAAUUUUGUGGAGGUUUGUAUAAUUUAGGUGCUUUCAUUAACUACACCUAGAGAACUCCUGUGUAGGAUACAAGAGGGUCUACAAUUGGGUCUAUGGUACCUGCAGCUCUUUUGGGACCAACUUUGUUCUUCUUCGUGGCCUCUGUGCAUCACACAUAUGGGUGCUGCGCCUGCGCAGGGCCUAUGGCCGGAAAGAUUGCAGAGCUUGACAGUUUUUGGCAGGAACUCCACACCCCUCCCCACUAAUGGUAUAAACAGAGUGGAGUGCCCGCCAUUUUCCCAGUCUUCUUGCAACUGCCGUUCACUGUGCCUCAAGCCUUUCUCCGUUCGUACUUGUUCUCUAGUUGUUGUUAAUCAUACGAUUUCAAGUUCUUUCCCCUCCCUGUUAGAAGUUCUCUUCUUAUUACCCCUUCCCUUGUUUAAAAAACCCAAAAAUAUAUUACCCCCUUUUUUCUUCUACCUGCUUUUCUAUCUUCUUCUUAUUCCUCGAUGGCUCAGCGUGCGGCUUUCCACAAGUGCUCCCAGUGCAGGUCUAAAAUAUCACCAACUAACCCACUCGAUCUGUGUCCCUUCUGCCUCGGAGAGGGUCACAGAAUUGAUAACUGUGGCCAUUGCCAGGCCUUUACAAAGCAGGCAAGAAAGAACCGGGAGAAUCGCUUGCGAAAACUCCUGUGGGACCAGGCCCUCCUGCAAUCAGAUCAACUGGCCGGUAAAUCUGUUCCACCAACCUCCGCAUCCACUGCACCUCCACCCCACCCAUCGGCUGAUGGUGCUCCUGUGCUGGAGGUUCAAUGCUCCUCUUCUUCUCCUCACAAGCAAAAAGAAAAGAGGAAGCAUGGUGGAUCUGGUAAGUCCUCGGGCCAUAAGAAGCCCAAAAAGGACAAAACAGAGAAGUUAUUUAUUAUUUAUUUAUUUAUUUAUUAAAACAUUUUUAAUAAAUAAAAGUUGGCUCAUAGGCCUAAGAAGCCCGAUUACUCAAGACACCAUGAUUCGGGUUUGUCCGCUCCAUCAGUCCCGACGGCCGCCACGGUACCGACACCGACGGGCCCGGCCCUCCAAACGGCCAUGCAAGUAACCCCGCCUGGGUCUCCAAGACGGGUUGUACGCUCGAUCCAGUCUUCCCCUGAACAACGGGACGUUCCUUUGUGGGGAUCAGUUUCUGAUGGAGAGAUUCAUGACUCUCCCCCAGUGGCUCAUUCUCUGACUCCUCUGCCUUCAACCUGAGCCUUCCCUGAGAGCAGCACCUCAGCAGGUGCGAUACCAUCAGCGCACCUCUGGCCAUCCUUCGGGGGAAUGAGUACAACCGCCCCAUAGGCUGCCUCAUCACGAGCCUUGGGAUGACUAUCCGCCAUGCAGCUAUUACCUGUCGGUAUGGGAUCGUACUCUCUCCCCGGCACCGAGACACACUCCCUCCACCUCGAGAGUGGCGAGGUCCAGGCGUCCCAGCUCGCCUGUUGACUCCUCUUCGAGCUACCUGCCGCACUACGAUUCAGACUUGGAUGACUCUGAGGUGGUGUCGACUUCACCGGAUGCCGUGAUUUCAACACAGGGUCCCACCUCACCAGAGGAACCCUACGUGAAUUUGAGUAACCUUUGGAGAACUGAUGGCAAGGCUUACCAGGUCAUUCGAGAUCGAAGCCCAACACCGCUUUGAUCCUAGUACCAACAAGUUUUAUAAUAUUGCUAAAGGCGAACAAUCAGCCGCCAUCAUCCUGCCUCUAAUCACAACUCUUCGUCAGGCGAUGAUGGAGCCCUGGACUAUCCGAAUCAGCCUCAACCUACCUUACAUCAGUACGAAGCUAUGUAUCGAGUCCGAGAGCAGGAUAUCCCAUUCCUCCUGUGUCAAAUUUGAUAGUUGUGGAGUCAUCCCAGGAUCGUGAGUCGAGGGGCCAUACUACACCCCGCGAUAAAGAGGGCCUCAAGAUCGACAUGUUGGCCCACCGGAUCUAUGCUGCUACAGGACUUGGCCUCUGCAUCUUGAACUACGAAGCCACGCUGGCCCAGUAUCAAUAUUUUUUUGAUGCAGAAGCUAGAAAAUAUUACUGCUUCAUUCCCGGACCAGCAGAAAGACCUGACUCAUAUAUUCAUUAAGGAAGCCAUGCAGGUGUCGGUCCAACAGCUCACCAUGGCGAGACAGCAUGUCGAUUCUGACUCCAGGGCUCUGGUUGGUGCCGUCUCCCUUCAUUGUCAUGCCUGGCUCUGGAACUGCAAUUUCCCAGAAGAGACCAAACACCGGAUUGAGGAGAUGCCCUUCGACGGCUCAGGGCUCUUCAACACACGAACAGACCACAAAAUGAAGACCAUACAUGAGUUGAGGGUGACCGCUUAUUGGAUGGAGGUCCCAAACCAAUCCCGAUGUAAGUGGUCUUGGUCCCGUCCGUCUUACAGAUACCAACCAUACUCCCAAUUUCCAGCCCGUCAACAGUUCCAGCCCCAUCAAUAACGUCGGAAGCAACAACAGGAGAGCUUCCAACAAAACCACCACCGUCCCGACUCCGACAAACACCAAUGUUGACGGGACGAGCGAACCUCUCCUCUCCUCAUCAACUCACCUUCCUCCCUCCCUUUUAGGGAUCAGCUGCAAAGUUGACUCCCCAUCUGGGAGUCCAUGACAUCUGAUCAGUGGGUUUUAUCCAUUAUUCAGCACAGAUACAGAAUUGAAUUCAAUACUGUGCCCCCCCGGGACUGAUCCGAUUUACUCCUCAAUCAUUGGUUCUCCUUGACAAAGUUCAACAGCUUCUUCAUAAGGGAGUGAUUCAACAGCUUACAUGCUCUGAAGGGCUCCAUGGAUUGUAUUCUAGAUAUUUUACUGUCCCUAAAUGGGAUGGUGGUCUUCGUCCUAUUCUGGACCUACGUGACAUCAAUAGGUUCAUCAAAACCAAAAAGUUUCGGAUGACCGCCCUUCAAAAUAUCCUUCUGUUGCUUAGGAGAGAGGAUUGGUUCACUUCUCUGGACUUGAAAGAUGCCUAUUUUCAUAUUACCAUUCACCCAUCCCAUAGGCAUCUUGUACGAUUUACUGUCGGUUCCGACCUGUUUGAAUUCAACGUCCUCCCGUUUGGACUGGCUACUGCCCCCCGGGUUUGGAUCAAUCUCUUUUGCUGCUGGGAUUUUGAUCCAAGACAUCUGCAAGGCUGCCACAUGGACUACUCCUUGCACCUUUGCCAGGCAUUACCGUCUUGAUGUGCAUGCCAGACACGAUUGCUCCUUUGGCCGGGCAGUCCUUUCUGCUGUCCUUCAGUGAUGACACCGCCCGCCUCCGGGUCUGGUAAGCUUGCUAGUCACCCACAUGUGUGAUGCACAGAGGCCACAAUGAAGAAAGGCAGGUUGCUCACCUGUAACUGUCAUUCUUCGAGUGGCCAUCUGUGCAUUCACACAAUGCACCCGCCGGCCCCGCUCGGUGUCGGUGAAUGGGUUAUACGGUGCCAUGGUGUGUUUUUUUUGUACUUCUGGUCCCGUUAAAUUUUCCCUGCAAUAUCUCUUGCUUCCGCGAGGGGGCAAACGUUCAGUCUCCAGUAGACUGGGAAAAUGGCAGGCACUCCGCUCUGUUUAUACCAUUAGGGGGGAGGGGUACGGAGUUCUCGCCAAAAACCGUUAAGCUUUCCAAUCUUUCCGGCCACAGGCACUGCACAGGCGCAGCACCCAUAUGUGUGAAUGCACAGAUGGCCACUCGAAGAACGACAGUUACAGGUAAGCAACCUGCCUUUUUUGCAUUAGAAUCCCUGGAGCUGGAUGAGGACUAGUGGCUUGAGAACUUGAGAGCCUUGGCCUGAUCCAGGCCUAAGGGCCAUCUAGAUCAGGCCAAGUCUAUUUCACUAAGCAUUCUGCUCCUACAGGCAAAUCUGGCUAUCUACCACACCCCUUUAGCCAUUGACUCAGGUGACUGAGUGCACAAAUACAAAUGUUUUUCCUAAAUCACUUACAGAUCAAGGAUUCCAACCUUUUAAUUUAAACCUCAAGUGCUUUUGUUAAACAAUCAAGAAUUAGAGUUCCUUGAUAAUCUAUUGCAAAUCACCAAACAUCUAUCAACAGUUGUCUGGUGACCUUCUGCUCACCCUGCUCUAGAAUUUACACCUCAGUUGCUUUAAGAUGCAAUCCUGUGCAAGUUUAGAAGGCAAAAUGUCCUACAACUUUCAUGCUGGCUGCAUGAAAUUUCUUUCUAAAUAUGUGUGGGAUUGUGUCUUUACUAAUCAUUUCCCCUGUCAAGGGGCCCUGGAAACUGCAUUUCUGUGAACAGUGCUAGCAGUCUUGAACAGAAGAUUGCCAACAUCCAUAUCAAACUGCAGUUCCCAGAGGAGGGGGCUGGGGCUGACAAUUGAACUGGCAUAGAACUGAUAGACGUUUGUAGAUAGGCCUUCUUAGAUGGUGUAAUUGCCAGAAGGUAUGUAUAGGGAUGGGGUUGGGGUGGAAAUACAAUUCUGGUUUUUCCUUUGCUCAGCUUGGAAGCACAUGGUACAUCUCCCCUUCUCCUAGGAACCUUUUCAGUAUUCUUUUGUAUAAUACCUGUAAAACAAAAUUUGCUAAUGUAAAUAGUAAUAAAUUAUUGAGAAUCCUAA